UCGGGCCGGUCCGGCGGGCGCCGCCAUGUCGCUGCUGCCGCGGGGCCGCUGCGGCGGGGCUGCCGCUGCCACCGCCGCCCGGCGGCUGCUGCUGGGGCCCCAGGGACGGGUGUCUGGGAGCCCUGUGCAUAACCAGUACAGAACAUCCAGUUCUUUGCCAGAGGAAAAAAAAGAGUUACUGCAAAAUGGACCAGACUUAAAAGACUUUGUAUCUGGAGAUUUGUCAGACAAGAGCACAUGGGCUGAAUACAAAGGCAAUUUAAAGCGUCAGAAAGGAGAAAGGCUGCGACUUCCUCCGUGGCUGAAAACGAAGAUUCCCAUGGGAAAGAACUACAAUAAACUGAAGAAUACCUUGAGAAGUUUAAAUCUUCAUACGGUGUGUGAAGAAGCCCGUUGUCCCAACAUAGGAGAGUGCUGGGGAGGGGGUGAAUAUGUGACGGCUACAGCUACUAUUAUGCUGAUGGGUGACACGUGCACCAGGGGCUGCAGAUUUUGUUCAGUCAAGACAGCAAAAAAUCCGCCUCCACUGGAUCCUGAGGAGCCCUACAACACAGCGAAGGCUAUAGCCGAGUGGGGCUUGGAUUAUGUGGUACUGACCUCGGUGGACAGAGACGAUAUGCCUGAUGGUGGAGCAGAACACUUUGCAAAGACAGUCUCUCAUCUGAAAGAAAGGAACCCCAAGAUCCUGGUGGAAUGCCUGACUCCCGAUUUCCGAGGGGACCUUUCGGCUGUGGAGAGAGUGGCCUUGUCGGGGCUGGACGUGUACGCCCACAACGUGGAGACGGUGCCGGAGUUACAGCGGAUGGUGCGUGAUCCCCGAGCCAACUUUGAGCAGUCCCUGCGAGUGCUGAAGCACGCUAAAGAGGUCCAGCCCGGCGUCAUUUCCAAAACCUCCCUCAUGCUGGGGCUGGGUGAGACGGAUGAACAAGUGUAUUCCACCAUGAAAUUAUUGCGGGAAGCAGACGUAGAUUGUUUGACCCUAGGACAGUACAUGCAACCAACCAAACGUCACCUAAAGGUAGAGGAAUACGUAACUCCCGAAAAAUUUAAGUACUGGGAAAAAGUAGGAAAUGAUCUCGGAUUCCAUUACACUGCUAGCGGGCCUCUAGUGCGCUCCUCCUAUAAAGCAGGUGAAUUCUUCUUGAAGAACUUGGUAGAAAAAAGAAAGACAAAAGUCAUCUGAAAAUGAGAGUGAACCUAUUUAAAGCAGCUGGUUUUAAGGAUCCUUUUUUCCCAGCAUAUAAUUAUACUCAGUUCCAGAAAAGCAGAAGACCAGAUGGUGGAUGUAUGAGUAAACUUACUAUCUGUCCAGAACACUUUUCUCUCACUGAAACACUUCACAGUAUUUUACCUAAUUCCUGCUGGCAAGGCUACAACUGCAUAGUGUUCAGCAAAAAGUCAGAAGAUAGAACUGAUUUUGAAAGAGCGAUGGAACUGAGAUGGAAGAAGCGUAAGCUGGAAAGAAAAUGGACAGAUUUAAUUAAAUGGGUUUGAUACUACCUUCAAUAUUGGUGCAGUUGGGUACUUGUGAAGAUGGUAAUAACUGAUAAUUUGAAAGGUACUGAUAUUUUGGUGUAUCUUACCAUUACUUAACACAAGUUUGCAGGGACUCUGGGAAAUAGAGGAGUUCUGAAGAUUGUGUACACAACGAAGGACUGUAUUAGGGCUGUCUUGAACCACACCAGAGAAGGCAGCAGUAAUACUCCUUCAAGAGAUGGUAUCUCUUAGCUGCAUCUUAAGAAAAUGAGCUGUACCAUUCUGAUAACUAAUGCUUUCCAGGUGCUUGCAUGUCUCAAAGUGUGAGCCUUGGUAAACACAAGGUGAAGAAAACAAGAGCCCUUUCUGGCAAGACAAUUAACCUUGUGUAGAUACCGUAUAAUUGAAACCAUAUGGAAAAUCAGCAUUGCAGCAUAAGUAGAGCCACCCCUAGCUCGGGUGUGUGGCUGUAACAAGCCCCGCUGAGUUGUGCAGCUGCUGCUUUGGUGUUGGGUACGUGGAACUGCUGCUGUUCUGUCCUGUGCUACUACUCCACGGGUAUCCUCUUCUCAUUAAAGGAAAGUUAAAUACCCAGUCUGA